AUUACUUUCAUAUUUCUGUCAAUUGAAGGGAAAAUAUAUUUCGUGACCAAUGAUGAGAAGGAAGAGCUGUGUUUGACGAGUGAAUGCGUUAGAGUCGCGGCAACUAUUCUCGAGCGCAUCGACACCAGUGUUGAUCCCUGUCAUGACUUCUAUAUGUUUUCGUGCGGAAACUUUAUCCGUAAUAAUCCGGUGCCGGACGACCACUACUUGAAGAAUCUGCUGCAAGAAAUCCAAGACGAGAGAGUGACGGAAAAGCUGUGA